GAAAUCAAACCACUAAAUAUUUCAAUCAAAUUAAUAGGAGUUAAUACCAUGGAAAAAACUUCUUCUUUAGUGUUUGGCGUCCUUUUUUUUAUGUUGGUGGUUCUCCAAAUCGUUUAUGUCAGUGGCAUAGAUCUUCCAGAAGGUGUUGGACAAUGUGAUGCCAAACAGCAGGUAGAUAUCGGAAGCAUGUCGUCCUGUGCUGCAUGUGAGGCUGCUUGCAGGAGCGCAUCAUUUACUUCAAUAUGCAUAACUGAUUCCACCAACACAGGUGCAUUGGCCUGCAAAUGUUGCUUACCAGAUCAUUUGAAACCUAUCCGCAAAAGUGCCGCAGCAACAACAACGACGUCCCUUCCGUUCCUUUCCUUCUCCUUGUUUUUGGGUUUCAUGGUGAACAGGUUAAUUAACUAGUUUAAUUGGCCAUCUCUGGCCAUCAUUUGUUGGUUGAACGAAUAAAAAGAAAAACAAUUGACACUACAGCUCGGGUUCAAACCAUGUUGAUGUACUAUGUUGUUAUUUAAACGUAUACUAUGUUGUGCAUGUUAUCCUAA